UAACGAAUGACAUGCUCACAGGCAAGCUCGUUGAGAGUGCACAUUUGAACCGGAGUGCGUGACGUUACCCAGCUUGAAUUGCUUUCUAACGCGCAGCUUUGGUGAGACAGCAAAUGCUGAACUAAUAGGAGCUCUGCCACGCAUGACCGAGCUCUCCGCUGAGACGAGGCAGAGACGUUGCGUACUCUCUGCAUCCGGGACUUUCUCUUCUUUUUCCUAAAGACCCAGCCUUUUGGGUCAGCGACACAAUGCAGCAGGAUUCCAUUCAAAAAGCUACCAGCGUCGACAUAAUCCCGCAGAGAAAGGGUAGCUUCCUCAGGCCUGUCACAGUAAGGGGUGACAGCUUUCGCAGUGAGCUUGAUGGAAGCGGCAAAGCAGGCAAACCUCCGAGACCUAUCUCAACUGGAUCCCUGAGGCCUAUAUCUACCGGCACAUCGACAGUCCACUGGCCAUCUUCGCCAGCGGCUAGGAGCUCCUAUCAACCAGAAUGGGCCCAAGACACAGAAAACGUGCUGUUGCCUGCAGCGACUGUGGACGACCAUGGAUCACCAGAAGAUCUCAAGGAUAUGCUCAGGAUGGGUAGGACGCAGGAGAUGAGAAGAGUAUUCAGACAAUUCUCCCUGAUAUCUUUUGGUUGUUUGUCGCAAUGUACCUGGGAGUUCGUGCUACUCAACAACAAUCAAGCUUUACAGGCAGGAGGUCCAGCUCUGUUGUUUUGGUCCUAUAUAUGGUCGUUCGCCGGAUCGUUGCUAGUCACGGCAUCGCUUGCUGAAAUGUGUUCCAUGGUACCGUCUUCAGGAGGCCAGUACGUAUGGGUCUCUGAGUUCGCCGACAAGCGCUGUCAAUCGUUCCUGUCAUAUAUCGCUGGAUACAUGACGCUCAUCGGAUGGCAGUGUGGCAACGCCUCCGGCAUAUUUCUGACAGGCUCUCUGAUUCAAUGCAUCAUUACCAUCUAUCGCCCAGAAAACGGAGCAAUCAUGUGGCAGACGGUUGUAUUCCUCCUACCUUGUGUUGCGUUCGUUAUUCUGGUCAACAUUUACGGCGGACGUGCAAUGGCAAUCUCGCAGAACAUCUCGAUGUCCGUGCAUAUUCUAGCGUUGAUCGCAGUCGUUGUGAUCAUGUGGGUACUCUCACCACAUAUACCGACGGGUAGGGCGCUGUUUCGAAUCGAAAACACAGAGUGGUCAAGCACUGCGUUAGCAAUGCUUGCUGGUCAAGCAAACAUGAACUACAGCUGUUCUUAUUCCGACUCGCCGGUGCAUCUUUCCGAAGAGGUGCAGGAUGCAGCAAUUGUUGUGCCGAAGGUCAUUAUGCGAAGCCUGUGGAUCAGCGGAAUCUGUGGUCUUCUCGUCGUGGUGACCUUUGUGUUUUGCAUCCCAAGUGUUGCAGAUGCUCUUAGUCAUCCGACAGGCUACUCGUUUCUGUAUGUUAUGCAGUUGUCGGUUCCAAAUGGCGUCAUCGUGUGCGUGUUGUUGGUACUGCUUGGUCUUGUAGGCUCGAGCAGUAUCGGUUUUGCAGCAGCGACUGCAAGAAUUACGUAUGCAUUUGCAAGAGAUCAAGGUCUUCCGUUCUCACAGUGGAUCGGGAAGGUCAACAAGAAUCGCAAUAUACCAAUAAAUGCCGUGCUACUCACUGCUGCAGUCAGUGUACUGUUAUCACUGAUCAACCUCGGAUCGUCAUCCGCAUUUUAUGGAAUUGUGACACUUGGACAAGCAGCACAAUCGCUAUCGUACAUAUUGGCGAUCGCAAGUGUACUCUACCGCCGCAUCAAAUCGCCAGAAACACUGCCAAAAGCACGCUGGAGUCUUGGAGGGUACUGGAGGCCUGUGAUCAUCAAUACGCUUGCAAUCACCUUCUCGAUGAACAGCUUCAUUUGGUCGUUUUCACCACCGACUUUGCCAGUGACAUCGACGAACUUCAAUCCGUCAGGGGCGUUGUUUGUUGGCGCUUUGGUUCUGAUGAUGGCAACGUACUUUCUUCGAGCCAAGCGCUUGUAUGUGCCACCGGUGGCGCGUACCAGAGACACCCCCAAUUGGAAUCUGAGCCAUCUCAGCACUGGGCAGAAUGUUCAGUUCUUGACGAUUCCAGAGGAAUUUUGAAAAGUACUAAGAUGUAGUAGUGCCAUAACUCUCUUGAGAAUAUCUGCAGAAACCGUUUUGAGCGAAUGACGCGAAAUGUGCUGCACUUCCGUUUGUUGCUUUUGGUUGACCAUAAGCGAGCCAUAGAGCAGAUGUAAGGUCUUGGAGAGAAACGAGUCGAAUCUGCUGUUAGUCCUAGUUCUUCCAAUGGCUCGUAUUAUAUGCUGGUCAUGGCUGUUCAAGGUUGUCCGAUCGAUGUCGACAUAAC